CUCAAUAGAACAAUAUUUUUUUCUUAUUUACAUGUCUAUGCUUUUUUUUUUUUUUUUGCAGUGGAUAUUACUUUGCAUCAUGAAGAAGCCAACAGUCGUCUCUUUCUAUGUGGAGAUUUGGGAAGCCUGUGUAUUGGAUGUCACCGUCAAGAUGCGCCCCAUAUCAAUGCAUCUGAAAGUUUUCUUGCAUGGGGUGCUCAGACUUUCACCUCUGGCAAAUAUUACUGGGAGGCCCAUGUGGGGAAUUCUUGGAAUUGGGCUUUUGGUGUCUGUAAUGAGUACUGGAAAGAGAAGAUUCACAAUGGCAAUAAACAUGGAGAAGAGGGACUCUUUCUUCUUGGAUGUGUUAAGAAUGACAUUCACUGCACUGUCUUUACCACCUCCCCACUUAUGCUGCAAUAUGUCCCAAGACCUACCAGUCCAGUAGGAUUAUUCCUGGAUUAUGAAGCUAGAACUGUGAGCUUUGUUGAUGUUAAUCAAAGUUCCCUUAUAUACACCAUCCCUAAUUGCUCCUUCUCACCUCCCCUCAGGCCUGUCUUUUGCUGUAUUCACUUCUGAACAGAGCAAAAUCAGAACUGUGUUCAUAUGCUGGAGGAAUCCCUUUAUCCCAGGAAGCCCUUUUCCUUGUGCCUUGUCAAACAGGACAAAUGGGUUCUAUUUUAUGCCUUAAAUUGCCUUCUAAUGUUAUCAAAACUCAUUUAUUGUGUUACUAUUAAAUAUGAUGAAAACACUAAAA